AUGUACUCUAUCUCGCAAUUUGAGCCAGGACAACCGCGUCUUUUUCGAUCAACUGAUGACGAAGAUCAAGUGUGCCAUAGAAUACCUGGACAUCCACGCCUUUUCCGUUCAACUGAUGAUGAAGAGCAAGCGUGCCAUAAAUUCCCAUCACCUUCCGCUGUUUCCUAUCGAAUCCCUUCGACAAGGUCUGCUUUUCGGAUUGUUCGCCUACCGUCUCCAACAGCUCGAAGUGCUCAACCAUUCCGACGUCAGAAUUUAAGUCCACCUCCAUUGCAUCCAAGAAGCACAUCGCUAGCUCAAUUCUCUCCCUCACAAAAGGAAUCAUGGAAGCCAAAGCCAAAACCGAGACUUAGCUUGAUGAGGUCAAUGCUCGAUCUUUCUGUGGAAGAAUCCGAACGACCACAGCCGAAACCACGACGAAAGACGCUAAAAAGUGUUUGCGAACCGGUCAAACACGCUGAAGCGCAUCCUAUUUCAAUUGAAACUCUACGUGAUUCCCCUCUUUCCUAUAGAAGGAAAAUUACCAAAUCCUCACCAAAUCUCUCUGCACCUUCUGUAGCUGCCCUAAAGAGAAGAGUACAUUCGAUGCGAGCUGCCACUCCGGUUCCACAAACUGAGGUAGGGUAUAACUCAUCAAUCACGAUAAUAAGGAACUUAUAUGCUAUGUUUUUAUAAGU